AUGGUCUUGUCCUUCAUCCUGGUGCAGAACCGCCAGGGCAAGACACGGCUAGCCAAGUGGUAUGCGCCGUACACAGAUGAAGAGAAGGUCAAGUUGAAGGGCGAGGUCCACCGGCUCAUCGCUCCCCGCGACCAGAAAUACCAGUCCAACUUCGUCGAAUUUCGCUCCGCACCCAGCACGUCUGCGUCGUCCUCCCAUGCCCAACCACUUGUCCGCCAGAACCUGUCGUCCACAAAGAUAGUCUAUCGGCGGUACGCCGGCCUGUUCUUCUGUGUAUGUGUCGACGCGAAUGACAACGAACUUGCGUAUCUUGAGGCUAUCCAUUUCUUCGUCGAAGUGCUGGAUCAGUUCUUUGGCAACGUCUGCGAGCUGGAUCUCGUCUUCAACUUCUACAAGGUCUAUGCUAUGCUCGACGAGGUCUUUCUGGCCGGAGAGAUUGAAGAGACGAGUAAGCAGGUCGUCCUGACGAGACUGGAACACUUGGAUAAGUUGGAGUGA